CCACACAUCUUAAAAAAUCAAAAAAUUAUCAUAAUAGCCACAAAACCAGAUCAAAAACACAAAAAAAAAUAUAUAAAAAAUCAUUAUUUUAACACGGCGCACGAACUUUUUCCUCAACCUAAUAUAUAGACUAAUGUAAUGGCAUACCUAAUGUAAAUAAAAACGUUUAUGUUUUCUCGAUAUAACUUCAAAAAGAGGACUAUCAUGAGCGUCAACUUAUAAUCCUAUACUCGGAUGAGGGAGAUAACAUUCUAAUUUUUUUGUAUGAAAGCGAGCAUUUUGCAGAUCAAUGUAAAUUCUUACGAAAAAAUAAGCCGGACUCACUCAGUAGAAAAAAUUAUUAUAUUUUUACCCAUUGAAUAUAAUUCAAAUCACGCAUAUCUACAUUAUCUUUAUCCUAAGCUAAGCAUUGUUUUAUGAUCUAUUUUCUUCUUUAUUUGCUUUGAACUAACUAAAUUUUCAUUUUAUUUGUGUUUCAGGACGAUGCAUAUAUUCAGGAAUGGACGAAAGAUCAUUUCGAUGUAAACUUUCCUAUCUUUGCGAAAGGUUCAGUUGUGAACUUGGAAGGGCCAGAAGAUGAUGAAAACUUUCCGGAAGUUUGGCAAUUUAUUGCAGAAAAAGCCGAGCCCCCCUCAUGGAAUUUUUGGAAGUAUAUUGUUGAUCCAAAUGGGAAUAUAUUACAUGGUUAUAGUCCACAAAUUUCAAUUCGCGACAUGUAUCCUACGAUAAAAGAAGUCAUUGACAAACAUUAUCCAUCUGCAGCGCCCAAGAAAGAUUUGUGA